AGUGAAAUCCCACAAUCGGACAUGUGCCAAAAUUGACUAAAACACUCGAAUUCCUCGAACUAUAUACACUAUGUGGUCCCGACGAUUUCUGGCCACGGCACUCCAUGUAGCUCGUGUCCCGCCCCUUGCCACGCCCCGUUUACUGCCCCAUGCUCAUUACUCGUCACCAGCCACGCCCACUGUGCCUGACACGCCCCCUAACCCCACCCCCACUCAUGUUCCUAAAUCCCAUGGCCCCUUGAAUUGGGUGUUGAACAAAUUUGGCCUGGGGGCUGAGCAAGCCCAAUGGCGCACUACGGGCACUUUGCUGAUGACCUCAUGUACGCAGAGCGUGGCCGUGGAGGAGUUUUUCAAAGAGUUGGACAUGCCCGAUUCGUUUUACUCUUGGUUUUUGGUGACUGAGCUCCAUAUCUAUAUGGUGUCGGUUCGGCUUUUGGCCAAUGAGGGGCCCGAAGGCUUCCAAAUCAGAAACGCCAUGAUUGAGUCUUGGUGGAUGGAUUGUGAGCAUAGAAUCAAGCAAUUGGGUCAAAUUCACCGUGAGACCAAAAAGUCCGGAAUAAAAACCAUCUUCGAAGAAUUUCAGGCUUCCAUUUUCAUCUAUGACGAAGGCCUUUUGGGUGACGACAAGCAAUUGGCCAAUGCAGUUUGGAGGCGAUUCUUCUUGGGUGCGGAACCCGAUCCAGAAAAGAUUGCCAUUCUCGUUGAUUAUAUUCGAAGGACAAUGACUGUGUUGGAUCACAUACCCCAGAAUCAUCUCCACUACUCGAACGGACUCAAAUGGCUGCCUUUGAUUCCCAAAGAGCAGUAAAC